GACACCAUUCCCUUAAUAUUUGAUAUUUUCUUCUUCCUCAGUUGGAUUUUAUUUUUCCGUUUUCUUUGUCUCUGUCUUAACUCCAACAAACGCAGGUGCCUCAAUUGAUCUUCCUUACUCUGUAUCAAGCAACCCAUCUCGACAUCAAAAUUGUCUCUUUCCUUUCAUUUCUUUACCGAUCUGUCCUCCUACUUUUUUGGUGAUUGAAUCUUAUUCUGUUUUUGCGACGGCGUGACUGAGGACGAGCGUUUCUCGAACUCCGGCGUGGUUAUCAACUGAACUUUAGUCUAGCCCACUAAUCUGUAGUCAAGCCCAUUAAUCCAUCCGUAAUCUUCAUCGAGAACUACCUGGACGGCAUAUCUGUCUAGUUUGGUGUGCUAAGCGACAGAAUGUGUGUGAAAUUGACGAUGAAAAAACCCUGACUCUGUUUCCUGUUAUUUCAUAACUCAUGAGACCUGGACUUCAUAUUUUUCUUGUAUUUGAAGGUAAUUGAAGAUGUUAGAGCAGUUACUCAUAUUUACAAGAGGAGGAUUGAUCCUCUGGACUUAUAAAGAGCUUGGGAAUGCUCUUAAAGGAUCACCAAUUGAUACCUUGAUCCGAUCUUGUCUUUUGGAGGAACGAUCUGGUGCUGCAUCAUAUAAUUAUGAUGCUCCAGGUGUAGCUUAUACCCUCAAAUGGACCUUCCAUAAUGAGCUUGGGCUUGUGUUUGUGGCUGUUUAUCAAAGGAUCCUUCAUCUGUUGUACGUGGAAGAUCUUCUAGCUAUGGUGAAGCAUGGGUUUUCAGGGAUUUAUGAUUCAAAAAGGACAGUGUAUCAUGAUUUUGAUGAAACUUUCAGACAGUUAAAAAUGGAAGCUGAGGCUCGGGCUGAGGAUUUGAAGAAAUCAAAUCACAUUGGCAGGGCUUUACUUAACAGCAAGAAGCAAGGUCUGGGACGGAAGAAUGGGCCUGAAGGAGGAAAUAACAAAAAGAGUGAAGGUGCUUUGAAAAGUGAUAAUGGAGAUGGUGAUAAUAACAAAGGCCAUAAGAUGGAGAAUGAGAACUCCAAUGACCAUAUUGUUGCUAGUAAAGAAUCUAACUUGGAUAGCAGUACUAACGGUAAGGAGAAUGCAUGCUCUAAUCUGGGAGCUUUUGAUGUAAAUAGGCUUCAGAAGCUUAGGGUGAAAGGAGGAAAGAAGACAGAUACUGUUACCAAAGCCUCAAAGGUAGAGCCAAAGAAAAAAAUGACGAAGAAAAAUAGAGUGUGGGACGAAUCACCUCCUGAAACAAAACUGGACUUCACUGAUCACGUGGGUGAGAAUGGGGAAAGUAACAUAGAUGUUGUGGCUGCUGAUCAAGGUGAAAGUAUGAUGGACAAAGAAGAGAUUCUUAGUAGUGAAAGUGAGGAAGAAGAUGGUGACGUGGAGAUGAACAGCAAACCUGAUGCUAAAAAGAAGGGUUGGUUUUCAUCCAUGUCCCAGAGUAUUGCAGGAAAGGCUAACUUGGAGAAGUCAGACCUGGAACCAGCUUUGAAAGCUCUGAAGGAUAGGCUCAUGACCAAGAAUGUGGCUGAGGAGAUAGCUGAGAAACUAUGUGAAUCAGUGGCAGCAAGUCUUGAAGGCAAAAAGCUAGCUUCCUUUACAAGGAUAUCUUCAACAGUGCAUGCUGCAAUGGAAGAAGCACUUGUUCGAAUUUUGACUCCUAAGCGCUCUAUUGACAUACUAAGGGAUGUGCAUGCUGCCAAGGAGCAAAGGAAACCAUAUGUUGUUGUAUUUGUUGGUGUUAAUGGAGUAGGAAAAUCCACUAAUCUAGCCAAGGUUGCUUACUGGCUUCUGCAGCAUAACAUUAGUGUUGUGAUGGCUGCUUGUGACACAUUUCGAUCUGGUGCUGUUGAGCAGCUGCGGACUCAUGCACGUAGACUUCAGAUCCCUAUAUUUGAGAAGGGCUAUGAGAAAGAUCCUGCCAUUGUGGCUAAAGAAGCGAUUCAGGAAGCUUCUUGCAAUGGCUCAGAUGUGGUUCUUGUUGAUACUGCUGGUCGUAUGCAGGAUAACGAACCACUGAUGAGAGCAUUGUCAAAGCUUAUAUACUUGAACAAUCCAGACUUGGUCUUAUUUGUUGGAGAAGCUUUGGUUGGAAAUGACGCAGUUGAUCAGCUUUCAAAGUUCAAUCAGAAAUUAGCUGACCUCUCAACAGCCGCUAAUCCCAGAUUAAUUGAUGGGAUUUUGCUCACUAAGUUUGACACCAUUGAUGACAAGGUGGGAGCUGCACUUUCAAUGGUUUACAUAUCAGGAGCUCCCGUGAUGUUUGUUGGCUGCGGACAGUCCUACACCGACCUCAAGAAACUCAAUGUUAAAUCAAUAGUGAAAACUCUCCUCAAAUGAUGAUGCGGGUUUGGAUUUUGUUUGGAAUAAUGUUCAUCGGUCAUGAAUGUUUCUGUAUUUGUUCCUCUACUCAUAUUUGUCCCCCGUCCGUCCCCCACUUAUGGGCAAAUUGGGGCUGUGACCUGGAGGCUAUCUGGUUUGUUUAUUUAAAUUAUUGUAAAAGUC